AUGCUUCUCUCGUUACCUGCCUUACAUCUUCAGACCUCCAAACACCAUCCUCUCUUCCAGCUGCCACACCGAAGGCUCGGACCAUGGUGCAGUCCCACUGGCUCCCCUGCCCCCCUCUCCUGUGAGACUGGCUGCGGGGUGGGAUCAUGGAUACUUGUCUGCCGGCUUCUGGUUCCCACGCAAGUAAGCCUGCUGUCAAUGGAGGAGGACAUUGAUACCCGCAAAAUCAACAACAGUUUCCUGCGCGACCACAGCUAUGCGACCGAAGCUGACAUUAUCUCUACGGUGGAAUUCAACCACACGGGAGAGUUACUAGCGACAGGGGACAAGGGGGGUCGGGUUGUAAUAUUUCAGCGAGAACAGGAGAGUAAAAACCAGGUUCACCGUAGGGGUGAAUACAAUGUUUACAGCACAUUCCAGAGCCAUGAACCCGAGUUCGAUUACCUGAAGAGUUUAGAGAUAGAAGAAAAAAUCAAUAAGAUAAGAUGGCUCCCUCAGCAGAACGCAGCUUACUUUCUUCUGUCUACCAACGAUAAAACUGUGAAGCUGUGGAAAGUCAGUGAGCGUGAUAAGAGGCCAGAAGGCUACAACCUGAAAGAUGAGGAAGGCCGGCUCCGGGAUCCUGCUACCAUCACAACCCUGCGGGUGCCCGUCCUGAGACCCAUGGACCUGAUGGUGGAGGCCACCCCACGAAGAGUGUUUGCCAAUGCGCACACAUACCACAUCAACUCCAUAUCCGUCAACAGCGACUACGAAACCUACAUGUCUGCUGAUGACCUGAGGAUUAAUCUGUGGAACUUUGAGAUAACCAAUCAGAGUUUUAAUAUCGUGGACAUCAAGCCAGCCAACAUGGAGGAGCUCACAGAGGUGAUCACGGCAGCCGAGUUCCACCCCCAUCACUGCAACACCUUUGUAUACAGCAGCAGCAAGGGGACAAUCCGGCUGUGUGACAUGCGGGCAUCCGCCCUGUGUGACAGGCACACCAAGUUUUUUGAAGAGCCAGAAGAUCCAAGCAACAGAUCGUUUUUCUCUGAAAUUAUCUCUUCAAUUUCGGAUGUGAAGUUCAGCCACAGUGGGAGGUAUAUCAUGACCAGAGACUAUCUGACCGUGAAAGUCUGGGAUCUCAACAUGGAAAAUCGCCCCAUCGAGACUUACCAGGUUCAUGACUACCUCCGCAGCAAGUUGUGCUCCCUCUACGAAAAUGACUGCAUUUUUGAUAAAUUUGAAUGUGUAUGGAAUGGGUCAGACAGUGUCAUCAUGACCGGCUCCUACAACAACUUCUUCAGGAUGUUCGACCGCAACACCAAGCGUGAUGUGACGCUUGAGGCCUCGAGGGAAAACAGCAAACCCCGGGCUAUCCUCAAACCCCGAAAAGUGUGUGUCGGGGGCAAGCGAAGAAAAGACGAGAUCAGUGUGGACAGUCUGGACUUUAGCAAAAAGAUCCUGCAUACAGCUUGGCAUCCUUCAGAAAACAUUAUAGCAGUGGCGGCUACAAAUAACUUAUAUAUAUUCCAGGACAAGGUUAACUAG